CACAGUAGCUGUACGCCAUUUUCUCCGUGUGUUAUUGAGUGGGUCGUCUCUCCUAGUUUCCAACCGGUUUUCUCACAUAUUUAAUAGUGUACUGGCAGGCUUGUUGAGAUGGCGUUUCCACCUCGGCCUCCGCUAAUGCCAGGUGUGCCCUUAUCGACGAUGAUGGGGGCACCGUUCACUCUAGCAAGAGGACCAGUUACCAUUGAUGUGCACCAUUUAUCGUCUCUUGCCAAUAUUGUGCCAGCAGUUGGCAUCCCUAUAUCACAGAUAUGCCGUUGGACUUCCGGACUGAAGAAGAAAAUGCACUUGCAGGCAAUCUCCCAAAUUCCAACUCCAGUGUCAAGUCGGCCUUCCAUUCGUACUUCCAACUCUGAUAACUCCAGCAACAAAAAUACACAAGGCCCUUCCAAUAACCAUGGUAUGAAACCCCCAAGCUAUUCCAAACGGAUUGAAUCUUCGGGGCCAGCAGUGACUGUGUUUGUAGGCAAUAUCACAGAGAAGGCGCCAGACGUGAUGGUUCGGCAUAUUCUGAACACUUGUGGUAAUGUGCACAGCUGGAAGAGGGUUCAGGGAGCCUCUGGCAAAUUACAGGCUUUUGGAGUGCGCAACAUUUCAGCUUUUGGAUUCUGCGAGUUUGGGAACCCAGAUGCAGCCCUUCGAGCAAUCAGACUUCUGCACGACUAUGAGAUUGCAGAGAAGAAAUUAGUUGUCAAAGCUGAUGCCAAAACUAAAGAAGUUUUAGAUGAUUAUAAAGAGAAAAGAAAGAAAGCUAAGCAAAAUGGUGAUUCUUCUCCAUUACAAGAUGAGUUAGAUGAAGGUGAUGACUAUCUUGAUGAAGAUAUGAGAUUAGAAGAUGCUGCAGCUCUGAGGCGUAUAAACGAGAUUCUCUCAGACCAUAAGAAAGAUAUCAUGAACUACAUCGCACCCCCAAACAAGCACGACAUGAGAGAAAAGCGUAUGUCCAAAGUACAAGAAAAGCUAGUGGCAUUGUCUAGUGGGGCCGAUAUUGCAAACAUCCCCACCACAACGAAUUUGGAUGACAUGGAAGAUGUGGAGGAGGGUAAAAAAGAGCUGAUCACGCGAGAGAUUACACAAUUCCGGGAGCAAAUGAAGAAACAGGAAGAAGAGAAAGAAAGGGAGAGAAGGCUGAGGGAGAAGGACAGAGAGCGGGAUCGAGACCGCGAUAGAGAACGAGAGCGGGAGAGGGAGCGGGAAAGAGACAGGGAAAGGGAGCGAGAAAGGGAGAGAGAACGUGAGCGAGAAAGGGAAAGGGAGAGAGAACGUGAACGGGAAAGGGAAAGAAGAGAGAGAGAGGAAAAGCUAAGACGUCGUUCACGCUCUGGUUCUCGUGGAGGCAGCAUGAGAAGGUCCCGAUCCCAAUCAAUAGACACCCGAAGAUUGAAAAAGGAGAAGAGGUAUUCCAGAACGAGGCGGCCCUUGAUUAACACGAUUUUGGAGAACACGGAUUCGGUGGUACACGGAUCACCAUCACCAUUACGCAAAAGUGAAAGAGAUGUGUUGCGAGAGAGGGAAGAAGAAGCAGAAGACAAGGAACGAAAAGAACAGGAGAGAAAAGUUCGCAAAAAAGAAUUACAGUAUCAGGAAAGGUUAAAAAAUUGGGAGACUCGCGAGCACAAGAAACAGAAGGAAUUGGACCGGGAGAAGGAAAAAGAUAGACUAAAAGAGCUAGAAAGAGAAAAGGAAGCCAAAAGAUUAAAGGAGUUUUUGGAAGAUUAUGACGAUGAAAGAGACGACCCUAAGUACUAUAAGGGACAUGCAUUCCAAAGAAGGUUGGUGGAACGUGAGCAGGAGAAGGAGAUGGAUACACGAGAUCGUGUCAAAGAAAAAGAGGAACUAGAAGAACUAAGAACCAAAAUCUUAGCUGAAGGUCAUGACAAUCCUGAUGCAGCUUUUCAGAAGGCAUGUGCAGAGAGAGAGGAGCAGUACAAACCCAAGUUGCUGGUUAAGCCUGCAGAGCGAAAACCCCCACCACCUGCUCCUGUUCCAGCAGAGCCUCCGCCAGAACUGCCAGAGAUCCCAGAGCAGCCUCCACUUCCCAUCACUGAAGCAGAAUCAGAAUCUGACUCUGAUGGACACAUGUCUGAUGCCCCUCCUGAGCCUAUGCCAGAUAUGGAGGAAAACUCUCAAUCCAGAGAUGCAUUUAUGUUGUCAUCUGAGGACACUACACCUCAACCACCAAAGAGAAAGAAAUAUGACGUGAAAGAUGUUUUUAACCAAGAUGAUGAUGACAUCCCAUCAAAAAAGAAGAAACUCCCUUUGCCAGAACGAACUUUGAGUGCAAAGGAAGAUCCCUUGCAGAAGUUGCUAAGAAAUUCUAUAGAACCAGGCAAGGAUAAGGGAAGCAAAGAGAAGGGUGGCGGAGAAGAGAAGCGUAAACAUAUCAAGAGUAUGAUUGAUAAGAUCCCGACCAGUAAGGAAGAACUCUUUGCAUACCCCAUCGACUCGACCCUUGUUGAUAAUGUACUGAUGGAGAAGAGAAUCCGGCCUUGGAUAAACAAGAAGAUCAUUGAAUAUAUCGGAGAGCCGGAGCCAACCUUGGUAGAUUUCAUUUGUUCUAAGGUCCUUGUUGGCUCUGAACCUCAGUCUCUACUAAAUGACGUUCAAAUGGUGCUUGACGAUGAAGCAGAAGUUUUUGUAGUGAAGAUGUGGCGGUUACUAAUAUACGAGAUAGAAGCUAAGAAAUUGGGUGCGGUCAAGUCAUAAUAUAACGUGGCUGGCUAUUGUUAUGAAGAAAAGGCCCACGUAAAUAUCAUUCUGGGUUCUGAUAAUAGUGAGAAUUAUUUUUUGUCAUUCAGGGUACUCUGUUCUUAUAAUGUAAAUAUUUGUUAUAUAGUUAUGAAAUCUUUCAAGACCAUGUUUGCUUCUGUUGAAAGUUUCUUGGUAAGAGAAGCACAAAACUGUUGACUAAAGUUAUCAAGGUAUAAUCAAUAUGGAGUCAAAUUUGGUGAAGUUACGACCAUGAAGUGAGACAUUAAGCUCCUGCAAAGCUCCUCUUUUGAUAAGAUAUUUAAAACUGGAAUUCGGCUUCCAAUUUACCUUAAGACUUCAAUAUAAUUUGAAUGUUGAUUUAGGAUUUUUUCAACAUUAUUUAUUUAUGGGAGAGAUUUUCUGUGGCUUUAAAAGUAUAUACUUUAAUACUUCAAUGGUUUUUGUUAAUGAUGAGUUGACUUGCUAGAUGUACUAGCAAAGAUUGGUAUUAUAUCACAGUGAUCUAAUACUCGUGUACAGUGUAUUCAAACUUUCACAUUCAGAUCUUUACCCAUUCCAUUUUGGGUGGUAAAAUGUAGCAGUGUUAAGGCAGAUGGAAAAAAUACUAGCACAUGCUGCUCAACAUCAAGACAAGAAAGACAUUGAGACUUGUGUAAGUAUGCAUUCCUACAUCAUGUGUGAGUGGGAACCUCAAAUUAUUUUAUCUUGGAUUAGAGGAAAUCUUGCAUUUUUGCACAGGGCUAUUGGGAACCUAAAAGGCCUACAUAUAUUUGUGGAAACUAGUAAAAUGCUUACAGCAUUGUCUAGUGGGAACAUAAAUUUAUUAUUUUGUGAAGGAAAAUAAAAUACAGCUUUCUAGACUAUAAUUUGUAUUGGUUAGUCCUGAUCUUGUACACACACACACACACACACGCACGCACGCACGCACGCAGACAGGCAGGCAGGCAUGCAUGCAUGCUCGCUCGCUCGCUCGCUCGCUUUCUCGUAUGCGAACACACACGUAAACAAGUGCAUAUACACCCACAUGUUAGCACACCAGAGCUUUGGGGAUUGAACUGUGAGUGUAUAUGAGGGAACUGAAUCAAGGAGACAUAAGAACCAAAAAUUCUCAAGGGAACUGAUAAUGAGAUGUUUUUUAUAAUACAGGAAUAUGGAUGGAAAUGAGACCCAGUUGAGCCACAUGGAUGCUAGAAGGAACUCUUUUUUUUUAUUUUUAACAUAUGAAUAGAAGAAAUGUAUUGGACGCGAGAAAAUAAUCUAAUUCAAUAAGUUGUUUCAAAACAAUAGUUACUGAACAUUGCAAGUACACACACCACCACACGUAUUCAUAAGCUCACUCAAACACAGAACACACGCACACACAGAACACGCACACAAAACAGGACCUAUAAAAUGUAACCAUGUUAAGGGUUUUGAUUAUUCCCAAGAGAUAGGGCAUGUGCCAACAGUACCUGUUUUCCACUAUUGUAUUUAUUCCUAUUUUUUUUAACCCUAAGUUAGAGAAUAUUUUCUAAUUAAAUAUUUUUUAUUAUAACUUGCUAUGAUCCAUUUAUUUUUUCUUAAUAUUUCAUGAUUCUCUGACGUCUGGCUAAUUACUCAAAAUAUGUUUGAGUUGAAUAGUAUGUGUGUCAACAUGCUAAACAGCUCAUCAGGUGGUUGUAAUUACAUGUGAUGUCAGCUAUGUAAACAGAUCAUCAAGGUGCAAAACUUAAAAAAAAAAUCAGGUCUGCAUGUUUAAUGUGUGAGAGUGGAUCACCCCUGUGAUUGUAAAUAAAUCCAGAUUUUCA